AAAAACAAAUUUUGUCAAGUAAAGAUUGGGAAGCUACAAGAAGGGUUGAAUCCUCCGUCGUGGAACAUGUUACAUUUUCACGAUAACUACUUGGGACUUGUAAUGAAAACCGGCCUCGUCACCGGCAUCAUUUCACUUACCGAAGGAAUCGCGGUUGGAAGGACUUUUGCUGCAUUGAAAAAUUACCAGGUCGAUGGAAAUAAGGAAAUGAUUGCGAUUGGUGUAAUGAACAUCGUCGGCUCGUCCACUUCUUGCUAUAUCACAACAGGUGCGUUUUCAAGGUCGGCGGUUAACCACAAUGCGGGCUGCAAAACAGCGGUUUCGAAUAUAAUAAUGGCGGUUACAGUAAUGGUGACACUUUUAUUUCUAAUGCCGUUGUUUCAGUACACGCCGAACGUUGUUUUGGGUGCGAUUAUUGUUACAGCUGUGAUUGGACUAAUCGACAUUCCCGCUGCAUGUCAAAUUUGGAAAAUCGACAAAUUCGAUUUCGUUGUGAUGCUAUGUGCAUUUUUGGGAGUGCUCUUUAUCUCCGUUCAAGAAGGCCUAGCUAUCGCGGUGGGAAUAUCUAUUUUCAAGAUUCUAAUGCAAGUGACGAGGCCUAAAACCGUAAUGAUGGGGAAUAUUCCCGGUACGGAUAUUUAUCGGGAUCUUCACCAUUACAAAGAUGCUGCGGCUGUGCCUGGAUUCGUGAUUCUCGGAAUCGAAGCUCCGAUUAACUUUGUCAAUACCACUUACCUUAAAGAAAGGAUUACGAGAUGGAUCGAAGAUUCCGAAUCGGAGAAUGAUGGGGCUAAGAAGAAGUCCGGACUACUUAAGUUUGUGAUUCUUGAUUUGUCUGCUGUGAGUGCAAUUGAUACAAGUGGAGUUUCAUUCUUCAAAGAUUUGAGGAUGGCAUUGGAGAAAAAGAACUUGGAGCUUGUAUUGGUUAAUCCAAUUGGGGAGGUGAUAGAGAAAUUGCAGCAAGGAGAUGAAGCAAAAGAGUUGGCAAGACCAGAUGCAAUGUUCUUGACUGUUGGGGAAGCAGUAACUACUCUCCUCUCAACAAUUAAGACCAAUUCAUCUGCUUAUGUAUGAUGA